CGUCCACAGCGCGCUCACUCCUACCUUCGUCGACCGCCAUCACUGCGCCGUAGCUUAUUUCGGCCACUUCUCGCCGUCGAGAUCGGCGUCACGGCUCUACAUCCCCGUCUACCCCGCAGCCCCACGUCCUCGGCAACGCCAAGAUGCUGCAAACCCGGUCUCUCUCGGCGCGACUACUUGCCAUCGCGUCAGGUGUCUCUUUCACCCUUCUCCUCUUUUAUUACAACCAUGCUCGUAUAUCCUCCCACCUCCGUUCCUUCUCGGACACCCUUUGGGAGGACAGCCCCGUGGCAGCCACCGUCGGCACGUGCUCCCCAGAUGCAUACGCUUCGGGUUACUGGAAAUGGAGUCCAAAAACCGAAGUGGCGAUCGACAACAUAACCACGAAGGAUGACGCUCUUGCUUUCACUGGCUUUCAAGGUUGCGCCGCUGAUCGCGAAUAUUACUGGCAUCUCGGCGCCGACGUUGAAGAGAAGUGGGAUCGCUUUCCAGACGUCGAUUAUUACGACUGGGUUCCUGGAGAUGGUUGCGACAUUCGACCAAUGAGACCGCGGGACAUGGUCAGGGACAUGGUCGAGAAAGGCGGCUGGCUUAUUCUGGGUGAUUCGAUAACGGAAAACCACUUCUUCUCCCUUUCGUGCAUACUAUAUCCGCACGUCCGCGCCACCCCAAACUAUACCGAGAACCCAUACUUUGACCGCGCAUGGCCACAGAACCUAUACCUCAACCCUUCCUCGCCCCUCGUGCAGGAGCUUGACAUUCCCUACGAUUUUGAUAUCGAGAGCACGCCACUCGCCACGUUCCGCCGCGUUGACCUCUUGCUCAGUCGACCUGAACUGGAGAAGCUCUACAAGGAAACUUAUCCCGACAAAGCCGAGACAACCCCGCUCUUCAGCGAGGAACAGACCUGGUCCAUCUCACCACAGCAAUAUAUGCCCCUCUUCCUCUCACUCCCCUACUCGACCCUCAUUGUCUCCACCGCGGGACACUGGACCACGACGCUAAUGUCCGCCUUCCGCAACGAGUCUAUUGGCGAGAAAGACGGCUACGGCAUCCAGGACGUACUCGAAUUUUUCGAAGUGUCGAUGCAGCAGUGGGCCGACGAUGUUCAGAGCGCGCUCGUGUCGUACUACAACUCGGACGAGGGCGGCGGCGACCAGUGGACGUUCGGCGCAUUGCACUACGACGCGCCGUCGGACACGUGGCGCGUCGCCGGGAUGGACGACGACUGGACGCUGGCCUCCAUGCGCGCGUUGCCGUAUGCGCCCGCGCUCGCGAGGACGGAGGGAAGCGUGGCGCGGGACAAGAGGGUCGUCGUGAGGGCGUAUUUGCCUGGGCACGAGGAUUGCCACAAUUUCUAUCAGCCGUGGUGGCGGAUCAAGCCGUUCCAGUUCCAGUGGUACAACUGGGCGUGGAUCAAGGACUUUAAUCAGAUCUUCCAGAAUCUACUUACGCCUCAAAUGUACCCGUUUAUUCACUAUCUUCCUAUCGACCGGCCAGCACGGCUGCGACCUGAUGCGCAUGCCACGGGCGACUGUCUCCAUCUCAUGUCGGGUACGGGUGUCCUCGAGGGCUGGUCCCACUAUAUCUGGCACUACGUCACCACCGAACUUGAGGAGGGCAAGCCAUAAAUUGUCUCGCGCAUAUAUUUAACUCAGGAGGCAUCGUCGAAGAGACGCGUGCCUAUCACUGAUCGAUGAUCCCGGAGCCCAUUGGAGAGGACACAAUCGGGUAGAGAGUGGAUAAUGGACAGUGGACUUGGCUACGAAGCUGAUACCAGAUAUUUAUGUACACGUACUGCUAGCAUUGUUAGACUUGGGCCUCGGAAAUGCAUACGACAGAAUUCUAAU